GCUUUCAAAGCUUCCUCCCAAUCAAUCAAUCAGACAUUACUACUUCCAUUGCUUUUAAAUCUCUCAACCUUCCCAUCGACUUUCACCUAUCGCGCAUCGAAGCAGAAGUUUCCCUAUCAGCAAAUCUAUUCACCAUGGGGGACGAUCUCGUCAUUUAUUAUAAUGACUCCAUCGACUCAGAUAACUUGGCCGCGGCUAUGGCCUUGUUCAAGGCCACAUACUGGAAGCCAACCGUCCGCGUACUUUGGAUUCUAGAGCCUCGUCAAGUGUGUUUUGGACUAUCUAUGACAAUGGAUCAAAUCACCAGAUGCAAGGAAUUGAUAAAACAGCACUUUCCAUCCUUUGAGAACCCUUUCAAGACCCUUUUGAACGGAGAUAUCAAGCAGCAGGAUAUUGAUGAUAUCAAAGAUCUGACAAAAGAUGAUCGCAAGAUCCUCGAGAUGGCAGUGAAGCCCAAGUAUGGCUCAAUCAACGACGCCACCUUGCAUGCACGGCUAAGUGCACUGGACCUGGCAACUUGUCUUUCCGAGUGGUCUAACAACAACCCCAUCGAAGUUCUUGUGGACUACGAGACUCUGGAACAUAUCGAGAACCCAGUGAAUCUGCACAUGCAUCACCAUGAAGAGCUUGUCAACCGGACUGAAAAUGAGCUGAAGGAAUACUACGACAUCCUGAAGAAAGUGUUACAUUUCGGCCGUCGAACCGAUAACCUGCGGGGUUGGUAUAACAAGUGUAUCUGGCGACUCGAGCAGGAUAGAAAGCUCUCAGACAUUUCUGUGGAACGACUUGUCUUGGACAAAGUUUUGAAUCGGAUCCAGACCGCGGGAAGCGUUCGUUUCUUUGGGGGUUCUUCGUUGAGAAUCCUACAACAGUUCCUCGAUAGAGGCGUAGCCAGCAAGAUCAAGUGUCACUUGCAGGUGGGUUCCUGCGACAUGUCAGCGAAUCUCUUCUCCAACCAGUUCAACAUCGCCCUCAACCAACAAGCAGCCAAGAUCGUUCUCAGCCGAUCUGCGGAAUUUGCAGAGUUCACCGUCGUGCCUUCACAUACAGCGCAGAGUAUAAAGUACUCAGCCAUAGGCCUGAAGAAAUUCGGAGGCCACUGUAUCGAGAAGCGAAUUUUGGGCUUCAACUGCCACGAGGAGCCCGUCAAGAUCGUCACAAAUCAAGUGUCACUUGAGCAACAAUACCCUGACAAAGCCUACUCCAUGCCAGAUUUAACCUCGUUUUUGUGUGCACUUGUUCCAGGGCACAUGGGCUCCAAGCCAGGGUAUAUCGAGGUCGACGAACAGGAGGGCGGUACACUUCUUUUUAAAAAGUCUGACAAGGGCAUCCCCAUGUUUGAUCUGGACGGCGUCAAGGAGUUGGAUGAGGAACAGAUCACGACGAUUUUCGAAUCAUUAACACGUGGCGAAGUGUUGCUAUGACGGAGACAAGUUUUGAUACCCAAAGGCGAGUUAGAAGUCAGAUAGUACCUUUAAUAGCUUCUUGAUGAACAAGAGUAUAAUCUCAAUUAACAGAGAGAAAAGUUAGACUUCUACAAGUUUGAGAGCAUGACGAGUGGAGUAUCCAGGUUAUACCGGAUUACCAGUAUGACUUAUUUGGACUCUGACGAGAGUGAAAGUACCAGUAUAAAUAGGACAUGUGCAAACACAAUCAGGAAAUGCCGAAUUCACCU